UUCACAAACAUUUCUUCAUAUGGAGAAACUUUAGAUUACAGAGGUGCGACUGUAAAAACAGCUGUGUACGAAAUGGACGUGAAGGCUUCCGUGGUUGCUAUGUUUUGUCUCCAGAUGACCGCUUCUACUGAGGACUUCUUCCGUCCUGACGAGGACCGAAGACGUACAGAGCAAACUUCCAGCAUGGGAAAUUGUGAUGUGCCCAUCCGAGACCAUGACAAACAGAGGGCGAGGAGAACCUCUGGACGCUGGGCACAGAGUGCGUGGAAGCCUGGAGCCUACAGCAAGUGUCCGUGCUGCAGGGGCAGCCAGGUGCCGAAUUUAAACCCAAAGCGGCAGCACUCUGCUUGUACUGGCAACCUUCCCCAGAAGAGGAAGCGGACCUCAGUGGCCCGUCCUUCCAAACCUGCUCCUGAACACCCAGAGGUGCUGAAUUGGGUUCCCACUCCUCAGCCCUCCACCCCAGCUGCUGACAUUCCAGGGCUGUUGAAUCUGGUCCCAAGGCCUCAGUCCACCAACCCACCUGCUGACCUGCCAGUCGUCUCAAAUGUGGCCCCCAGCCCCCCACUGCUCCGCUGCAGCAUGACGGAACCUCUGAAAAUCCGCAACCGCUCAGUGGAAGAUUACCAGCAAAUCUACCAUGAAGUGGCAGAUGAUAUGCUGAGUAAUCAGGCCUAUUGUUUUCUGGCUGCACCUCCCUCAUCACUCUUUUACCACCCAACUGCUGCACCCGCCUCCACCUGCAGGUUCUGGAUGACAGCUACAUACAUAUCUCCACCCACAGCCUCUGAAGUGCCCCGUUCCAUCCAUCCAUACAACCUGCACCUCCACCUCCACCUGCAGAUUGUGGCAGACAGCUGAAGGCCGUACCUCCACCUACAGCCUCUACCAGCAACCUGCAGCGUCCACCUCCACCUGUAGAUUGUGGCAAAUAGUUGAAGCCCGAACCUCAACCUACAGCCUCUGCCAGAAACCUGCAGCUUCCACCUCCACCUGCAGAUUCUGGCAGACAGCGGCUGCCCACAGCAACACCUACAGGCUCUGCAAGACACCUGCAGCGUCCGUCUCCACCUACAGCCUCUACCAGCAACCUGCAUCUCCACCUGCAGAUUCUGGCAGACAGCUGAAUUGCAAACCUCCACCUAUAGCCUCUGCCACCAACCUGCAGCGUCCGCCUUCACCUGCAGAUUGUGACAGAGAGCUGAAGGCCAAAACUCCACCUACAGCCUCUGCCAGAAACCUGCAGAUGCUUGCCUCCACCUGCAGAUUCUGGCAGUCAUCUACAGGCCAAACCUCCACCUACAGCCUCCUCCAGCUCCUGCCUGCAGCAUUUGCCAGCAACCUCCCACCGCGGUCUCCACCUCCAGAUUCUAGCAGAAAGCUGCAGCCUGAACCUCCACCUACAGCUUCUGCCAGCAACUUGCACUGCCACCUCCACCUGAAGAUUCUGCCAGACAUCAGCAGCCCGAACCUUCACCUACAUUCUUUGUCAGCAAACAGCUACUGUCGCCUCCGCCUUCAUGUUCUAACAGACAGCUGCGGCCCAAACCUCCACCUUCAGUCUCCUCCAGCUGCUUCCUUCAGCCUUUGCCAGCAACCUCUCGUCUCCACCUUCAGAUUCUGGCAGCAGAUGCAGCCCAAACCUCCAGCUACAACCUCUUCUGCCCUCCACUAUAACCUCCACCUUUUUUAGGUAGCUAAAGAUCCAGCCUACCGUAGCCACCUCUGUCCCCAGGCAUAUCCUGCAGCCUCUAUCAGUAAUCCGUAGCCCCAUCACCCCCCUGCCCAUUCUGGCAGAUAGCUGCAAACAGCAGUCCCGACACUUGGUGGCAGCAGUUACUCCUGCCAGAUAUAUUAUGCCUCAGCCUCCACAUUCACUUAUAGCUCCUAUCAGCCAUCUAGUAGGAUGCAGCUCCAACUCCCGCCUACAGUCUUUGUCAAUUCAACCCCAUGCAACCUGCAGCCCCAGUUUUCUCAGUAUGUAUAAAGGGUUACUAGUUACAAAAUUCAAUGAAAACUAGCACCAAGUAGCUUUAUUUUUCCUAAACUUUAACCCUGUUGUUUUCUAUUUCCUGGUUGCUUUGGGUAACCUCAUGUCACUAUAAACCCUGCAGCAAAGUUUCUCACUCAGCUUUUUAUGUGUUGUGACCCCCCCCCCCCAUUAGUGUUCACAUUGAAAGGUUCAGCCUUGUGAUUGUUGAAGCCACCACCUACAAACCAGUGGUUGCCAGAGGGAGCGUCUCAUGUGAAAUGAGGGUUGGUGGUAAGGCACAUUUACGGCAUCAUGUGACGUAAAUUGUGUUGUGUGCAGGAAGAGCACCCAGCCGUCAACAUGAACCUGCACUAUAUGGAGAAAAAAAGGACUGUGAUGCUGAACUUCAUCUACCAGAAAGAGCUCUUCUUCCUCCAACCAGGCUUUGCACUCAAGGCCCUGUUGGACUUCACAGACUAUCAGAUCUACCAGGAGCGGAUCGAGGGCCGUGCAGACUAUUCCUUCUACAAGAGCUGUGCAUCAGAGACGUUUAUUCCUCCUCACCAUCCUCCACGUUCACCACCAACUCCUGCUCCUCUCCCAAACUGAGAGCGCCCCUUCACGUAUUCCCCUCGUAUCCUCCGUACUAGAAGUUUCUUCAUGCUCUGACCUCACUCCUGAACUCUACCUGUAGAGUAGCGCAUGCCAACGAGCCGAGCCUUUAAUUGUACCUUGCCUGUCACGCCUACAGGGAGUCUACGUUUCUAUGGAAGUCACUGAACUGCAGAAAUGAUCUCUGCUCUCCUGAUUAUGCACAUUAUGAAUUUGAGGAUGUCGAUGAAUGAAUCAACAAACUUUCUGGGAGUUUCUGAAUGAGGACAGAUGCCCUUCAUUUCCAGCCACGCUCCCUUAAAAAGACUGCCAGUUAGCUUGCUCUGUUAGUGUGAGUUGUGCUUGUUCUUUAAGCCUUUGCGCUGUUGCCCAAUAAAGUCCAUCAAUCAGAAUCAGAAUCAGAAAUACUUUAUCUCUGCAGUCAUCAGAUUUGAGUCCACAAGAAUUAGUAUAAAACAGAUACCUUAAUAUUUGAGAUCUUGGUGAAUUUGUGGAAUUUCGAACGCUAUUUUCUCAUCAGACAUUUUUCUCAUUUUUAUCUGUUUUAUUGCAGUUUGCCAGCAGCUAUAUGUAAUUAUAAGUUUCACUGAGGUGCCAAGAACAGGUCAAGAUGCUACUGUGAUGGAUGUGUUGAAACUUACAGGGACUAAUGUACUCCACUGUAAAAAGGCCAACUUAUAUUCUUUGACAUAAAUAAUGAUUACAAGUUGUUCGAACUUAGAAAUAGAAAUUAUCAGCAUGUAGAGUAAAAAUGUUUGUUGUAGCAACUAACAAAGCCAGUCCUCAGACUUCAACAAAAGUGAAAGAGUCCUCAUAACAUAAAACCUUUAGCUAUGAUUCAGCACAAAGUGAGAACGUUUGUUAACUUGUGUUCCUUAGUUUUAGAACCAUUUCAUAACUUACACAAUGCACGUUUUGACUAACUGUAAAUCAAGUUGUUGAUUGUUAGCAAACUUCCCAGCAUGGAUUGUAUAAAUAAAAUUCUCCAGAGA